CCUGCACUUUCUUCACUUACCCAGGAUCGGUAAUGAAGACAAGAAGAUAAGAAAACAUCUCCUCAUCUGUGUUGUGAGUUCGGUGAAGGUUCUGCGGAUGAGAUUGGACUGAGACCCUGCACACGGAGAGAGUCUGUGAGGGGAGUCUGAGGUUUGUUCUGGAAGUCGUUAGAUCUCCACUCACAGUGUCGGGGAAACGAAAGGAGGGAGCAAAAACGAGUGCUUUCACGCAGUCGGAACUUUCACACUGUGAGAGUGGAGUGUCGAGUCAUGGGCAUGUGUCACCUACGCAGGCGAGGAUGGGCAAACUCCAGGACGACCAUGAGAGGAUAAUCCUCAACGUCGGCGGCACGAGGCACGAGACAUACCGCACCACGCUACGGACGCUGCCUGGUACACGCCUCGCCCUGCUCGCCUCCAUCCCGUCUUCCUCCCUCUGUGGUUCUGGUUCUGGAUCGGACGCAGAGUCUGCACUGCUGGACCACCACCAUCACCAUCACCACCAUCAUCAUCAUCAUCAUGAGCACGAUCAACAGGUGCGGAUCGGUAACGAGUACUUUUUCGACCGUCACCCAGGUGUGUUUGCGUACGUGCUGAAUUACUACCGCACGGGGAAGCUGCACUGCCCUGCCGACGUGUGCGGCCCGCUGUUCGAAGAGGAACUCGCCUUCUGGGGCAUCGACGAGACGGACGUGGAGCCGUGCUGCUGGAUGACCUACCGCCAGCACAGAGACGCCGAGGAGGCGCUGGACGUGUUCGACAUGAACGUGAUGGACAGCGGGAUGGGGAACGACGAGGAUGAGGAGAAUGAUGAUGAAGAGGACAAACGUGAGGUGGGGAAGAGGAUGAGGGUUGGAGAGGCAGAGCAUGCCAGGGGAACCAGUUUGAACCGCUGGAGGAAGUGGCAACCCAUCAUCUGGAACCUGUUUGAGGAUCCGUACUCAUCUCGGGCUGCUCGGUUUGUGGCUUUCGCCUCUUUGUUCUUCAUCAUGGUCUCCAUCACCACCUUCUGCUUGGAGACUCAUGAAGCCUUCAACACCAUCAUCAACAAGACGGAUGCUUUAAGGAAUGAGAGUGUGCUCGACUUGGUGCCUCAGUAUGAAAUCGAGACGGAUCCAGCGCUCACAUACGUGGAGGGCGUCUGCGUCCUCUGGUUCACCUUCGAGUUCCUGGUGCGAGUGACAUUCAGUCCUGAUAAACUGGAAUUUGUCAAGAGCAUGCUGAACAUCAUCGACUUUGUAGCCAUCUUACCAUUUUACCUCGAAGUCGGACUGAGUGGUUUGUCGUCCAAAGCGGCGAAAGAUGUCCUGGGGUUCCUUCGAGUGGUCCGCUUCGUACGUAUUCUCAGAAUCUUCAAGUUGACACGUCAUUUUGUUGGACUGCGGGUUCUCGGACACACCCUGCGUGCCAGCGUCAAUGAAUUCUUCCUCCUGAUCAUCUUCCUCGCCCUCGGUGUCCUUAUCUUUGCCACUAUGAUCUACUACGCAGAGCGGAUCGGCGCUAAUCCCAACGACCCGACUGCUAGCCACCACACCAUGUUCAAAAACAUUCCCAUCGGGUUCUGGUGGGCCGUGGUCACCAUGACGACUCUAGGGUAUGGUGACAUGUACCCUCAGACGUGGUCAGGGAUGCUGGUAGGGGCGCUGUGUGCACUAGCAGGUGUGCUAACAAUAGCAAUGCCAGUUCCAGUCAUUGUCAAUAACUUUGGCAUGUAUUACUCGCUAGCCAUGGCUAAGCAGAAGCUACCGAAAAAGAGGAAGAAGCACAUUCCACAGGUGGUGCAAACUGCAUCUCCAUCCUUCUGCAGGACUGAUCUGAGUUUAGCCUGCAACAGCAACCCUGUCGAUCUGCGUUUGGGACACAGCCGAGGGCUCGAGUGCCACCGAUCAGACCUCAGUGCAGGAAGUGACAUCACAACAACUCCAGAAGAGCGAGUUCCGAUGCAGGAUCGGCACGGUGGAGGAACUUGCUUCCUGUUGGCUGCCAGUGAUUACAGCUGCACUGCUGACUCCGCCCUUCGCAAAUCAGGCUUUGAGAAAUCCAGAAGUUUAACCAACAUAGCAGUGACAUCAUCAUACAACUCACCCUGUCCAAUCAGACGCAUUCGCUCGCCGAUUCCAUCAGUCCAAUGAAACACCGGCAUCUGCAUAUUACAGACACUUCCUGUGUGGGCGGGGCUGCGUAUACUUACAUAUAUAACAUUCAAACAACAUUAUAGGCAAUAAAUUAAUAUUGACUUUAAACAACAUCAGCAGAAAUUCAGGUACAUAAUGUAUAAAUAAAUCUUUAGAUAUGAUACAGAUAACCUGGGCUUCCAUUUAUUCUAGUUUCCACUUGCCCUAGAUGCCAGACUAAGGGGUUAAAAGUGUCAGUGUGGGCAAUAUGGAAUUUAAACAUCUGGAUUGCUUUGAAGUGUCUCUAAUUGAAAUAUUAUGUUUACACGCCUGAUACAUCUUAUUGUAGCAUUGUUCAUAACUGUGCUCUGAUUCUGCCCCACCCAUAUGCACCCCUUUCUGACCCACUCAAAUGCUCCUGUUUUUUUUUCUACCCCAACCUAAUUCCUCUUCUUGCUCUCUUUUUCCCCUUCCCAAAUGCACCUGCCCCGUUUCUGCCCAACCCAAAUACUCCCACUUCCUUUCUACCCCAUCCAAAUACUCCCACUUCCUUUCUGCCCCACCCAAAUACUCCCACUUCCUUUCUACCCCACCCAAAUACUCCCACUUCCUUUCUGCCGCACCCAAAUACUCCCACUUCCUUUCUACCCCACCCAAAUGCUCCUACUUCUUUUAUGCCCCACCCAAAUACUCCCACUUCCUUUCUGCCCUACCCAAAUGACCCUGCUAUCCUUCUGCCCUGCCUGAAUGCCUCUUUAGUGUUAUCAACCACCAAAUGUCUUCUGUUUACCCCAAUAUUCCCCUCUUACCCCUUUCUGUCCCCACAAUUGCCCCGUCUCAUUAUAUAAUUGAAGUGUGAUUAUUUAUUAACUAUUAAUGAGAAUGCAGUAUUGUAUUAGUAAUCAAACAUAUCUAUAACAAUGUUCCAAAUGCAAUGAUCAUGUAAUACAUGUGUAAUAAAGGUGUAAUAGGCUUGUAAUAACACAUUUAUAACAGUCUCAUUAUCACGAUCUGCUUGGCUAAUAGUUAAAAUGUACAGUCACAUUAUUUAUGAAUUGUUGUGCCUUGGAAAUUUUGUGACAGAGAAAAUUAAAUGUUGCUAAGCAACUAGGAUUAUUUAUAUAAAUUUUUUAUUAAACUACAUUUCCCAUCAUGCUUCAUGCGUCACUGAAUCACGCCUCACUAAAUCACUGUGCGUUUGCUCUCACACUGUGUCCUGUCAUAAACACGUCCAUAUUCUGUGAAUCAGUGAAACAUGCGUCAGUUAAAAUGUUAAAUUUAAACAGAAAUAUAUUUUUUAAUCCUUGUGUAUUACACAUUUGUGUGUAAUGUUGUGUAGCGAUGUUGUGUUUCACUGCCUGUAUGAUGUGUGUUAAUGUUGUUGAUGAUUCAGAAUGUUGUUGUUCCAGCUGCGACUAAACCUCUGGCUGAAAUACAACUGAUAUCAGCUAAAAGUGGAGAGGGUGGGGCCAAUACAGACUCAGAUGGAUUUGAUGAUUUGGAUUGGACAGUAUGGAACAGAAUAACUCUGUGAUUGGACGGUCCGGAUUAGCAUACCUCUGUUUGGACGGUGUGGAGCAGAGGGACUCUCAUUGGACACUAUACUGGACAGUCUGGAUUAAAAAAACCCUCUUUGAUUGGAUGCACCUGGAAAAGCACAACAACUCUGUGAUUGGAGUCUGGAAUUGUGUGUUGAUCUGGAACAUGAUUGUGAUUGGACAGUCUGGAUUAGCACACUUCUCAUUGGAUGGUCUGGACGAUCAUAUCUCUGGACAGGGUUAGCAUAUAUUUUUGAUUGGGCAGCAUGGGUUAACAUGUCUCUGUGAUUGGACAGUAUGAUUAAAAUAUCUCUGACUGGACAGUAUGGAUUAGGAUAUUUCUGAUUGGACAGUAUGGAUUAGGAUAUUUCUGAUUGGACAGUAUGGGUUAGGAUAUUUCUGAUUGGACAGUAUGGAUUAGCACAUCUCUGUGAAUGGACAGUAUGGGUUAGCAUAUCUCUGUGACUGGACAAUAUGGAUUAGCACAUCUCUGUGAUUGGACAUUAUGGAUUAGCACAUCUCUGUGAUUGGACAGUAUGGGUUAGCAUAUCUCUGUGACUGGACAAUAUGGAUUGGCAGAUCUCUGACUGGACAGUAUGGAUUAGCAUAUCUCUGAUUGGACAGUAUGGAUUAGGAUAUUUCUGAUUGGACAAUAUGGAUUAACACAUCUCUGUGAUUGGACAGUAUGGGUUAGCAUAUCUCUGUGACUGGACAAUACGGAUUAACACAUCUCUGUGAUUGGACAGUAUGGGUUAGCAUAUCUCUGUGACUGGACAAUACGGAUUAACACAUCUCUGUGAUUGGACAGUAUGGAUUAGCACAUCUCUGUGACUGGACAAUAUGGAUUAGCACAUCUCUAUGAUUGGACAGUAUGGGUUAGCAUAUCUCUGUGACUGGACAAUAUGGAUUGGCAGAUCUCUGAUUGGACAGUAUAGAUUAGGAUAUUUCUGAUUGGACAAUAUGGAUUAACACAUCUCUGUGAUUGGACAGUGCAGAUAACGCAUCUCUGUGACAGGAAAGUAUGGAUUAGCAUAUCUCUGAUUAGACAGUAUGGAUUAGCACAUUUCUGAUUGGACAGUAUGGAUUAGAAUCUCCUCCUAAAGCAGCUUCAUUCUUAAACACUGUACAGUGGUGCUCAAAAGUUUGUAAGAUUUUCUAUAUAUCUGCAUAAAUAUGAUCUAAAACAUCAUCAGAUUUUCACACAAGUCCUAAAAGUAGAUAAAGAACCCAAUUAAACAAAUGAGACAAAAAUAUUAUACUUGUUCAUUUAUUUAUUGAUGAAAAUGAUCCAAUAUUACAGAUCUGUGAGUGGUAAGUAUGUGAAUGUCUAGGAUUAUUGGUUAAUCUGAAGGUGAAAUUAGAGUCAGGUGUUUUCAGUCAGUGGGAUGAUGAUCAGGUGUGAGUGAGUGAGUGUCCUGUUUUAUUUAAAGAACAGGGAUCUCUCAGAGUCUGAUCUUCACAACACGUUUGUGGAAGUGUAUCAGGGCAUGAACAAAGGAGAUUUAUGAGGACCUCAAAAAAAGAGUUGUUGAAGCUCAUCAGGCUGGAAAAGUUCACAAAACCAUCUGUAAAGAGUUUGGACUCCACCAAUCCACAGUCAGACAGAUUGUGUACAAAUGGAGGAAAUUUAAGACCAUUGUUCCCCUCCCCAGGAGUGGAGACCAACUCCAAGAGCAUGACGUGUAAUAGACCAUGAGGUCACAGAGGAACCCAGGGUAACUUCUAACCAACUAAAGUCCCCUCUCACAUUGUCUAAUGUUAAUGUUCAUGAGUCCACCAUCAGGAGAACACUGAACAACAUUGGUGUACAUGGCAGGGCUGCAAGGAGAAAGUCACUGCUCUCCAAAAUUAACAUUGCUGUCCUUCUGCAGUUUGAUAAAGAUCACAUGAAGAGCCAGAAGACUAUCAGAAAAAUGUUUUGUGGAUGGAGGAGACCAGAAUAGAACUUUUUGGUUUAAAUGAGAAGCGUUAUAUUUGGAGAAAUUAAAACACUGCAUUCCAGCAUAAGAACCUUAUCUCAUCUGUGAAACAUGGUGGUGGUACUGUCAGGGUUUGGACCGUUUUGCUGCAUUUGGACCAGGACAACUUGAAUGAACUGAAUCUGAAGAGAAAGUGGGUCAUGCAGCAAGACCACGAUCCUAAACACACGAGUCGUUCUACCAAAGAACGCUUAAAGAAGAUUAAAGGUAAUGUUUUGGAACGGCCAAGUCAAAGUCCUGACCUUAAUCCAAUAGAGAUGUUGUGGAAGAACCUGAAGUAAGCAGUUCAUGUGAGGAAACACACCAACAUCCCAGAGUUGAAGCUGUUCUGUACUGAGGAACGGGAUAAAAUUCCUCCAAGCUGAUGUGCAGGACUGAUCAACAGUUACCCCAAACGUUUAUCUGCAGUUAUUACUGCACAAGGGGGUCACACCACAUACUGACAGCAAAGGUGCACAUACUUUUACCCCUCACAGAUAUGUAAUAUGUCAUUUUCCUCAAUAAAUAAAUGACCAAGUGUAAUAUUUAUAUCUCAUUUGUUUAAUCGGGUUCUCUUUAUCUACUUUUAUGUCAUAUUUAUGCACAAAUAUAAAAGAUUCUACAAACUUACAAGCACUACUGUAUGUGUACAGAGGAACAUAAACACAUAACUGCCCCACAAUACCCCUGUUUCCUUUCUGUC